CGCGUAUAUAAAUAGACUUCCUUCGCCCAGCUCUUUCAGUUACACGACGAAGGCAUCGGUCUUUCAAUCUGCAAUAAGUAACUUUAUAAACUCUACAGAUUGGACGCUUUACAGCCCUUGCCAUGAAAAUACUAGUUGCAGUGUUUGUUGUCGCCGUUAUCGGCAUGGUUAUGGCGGAAGAUGCUUCUAAAGACGCCAAACAACCCAAGGCGGCAUCGGUUACAGACCUGAAGAAGUCUCAUCCAAUUAGACCCAUUGAAAAGGCUAGAAAAAUGGCACACAAAGCGACGCAAGUGAAACUUCGCCCAGAAAUUGAAGAGAAACGUCGCAUGAUGCGGGAACGAAAGGAAGAAAUAAUGAGCAUAAAGAAAUCCGACCUCCCAUUGGAAGAGAAGAGAGCCAAGAUGGCGAACCUAAAGGCAGAGUUCAAGCAGCAGAAGAUGAGCCUGGGAUUGGAAGGUGGUCGCAAGACCCCAGAGGAACGCAGAGCAAUGGUUCAGGAACGAAAACUAGCACGCCAAAAUCACGAAGAAAAGGCAAUUCGUCGUAUGCCUAAAAUUGGUCAGAAAGGCGGAAGGAAACUGGGUAUGAGGCUCGAUAAGCGGGAGCGUCAAUAAAUAUUACAAAGGUCAUUUUGCCUUUCUAAAAUCAGAUCGCUGAACUUUUUUAACUUUCAGUAUAUACACUUCUUUCUUCAUACUGCUGUAUUCGAUUUUACUAUUCUUACAAUAUAUUUUACCUGAAAUGGGUAUUUUGUCGAGCCUUUCAAUGAACUUGUGACCAUAAUGACAAUAAUGCGUCUCGCUCGAUAUGUUUUUUAAACGUAUUUUUACUGUGUUUUUUAUUACAUUUUUAGUUUCAAGCCAUUUAGUAAUGACCUGGUGUCAUUCGUUCACAAGGUUAUAAAUAAAGUUUACAUAAAACUGGG